AUUCUUAUUAAUGUCGAAGAUUGUUUGUGAAAGAAAAUUGUUAAGCAAAGAUAAUUAAAAAUGGAGGACUUUGAUUAUGAUCAGAAAUUCGUCAGCAACACCAUUCAAUGUCUAGAAAAUGACAUCGAAGAGAUUUUGGCUCUGAGCGAGAUAGGAGCAACACCUCGGAGAGAAUACUGGGAAGAGGAGCUCGACGUGAAUGAAGACAUCGAUGAUAAUUUGAUGAAUAUGGACAAUAGACAUCCGGAGUUUCUACUGCAGCAGUCCCAAAAUGAACAACUUCCGGAUAUGCCGCUACUAAACAUGGAGGAGGAAGUGCUACAGGAGCAGUAUCCAUGGGAAUUUCAGCCUAAGAUGUUGCAGCUAGAGCAGAAGCAGUUGCUGGGGAAGCAGACACCAGAGAAGCAGCCACAGGGCAAGAUCAUUGAUGACAAAUUUCGAGAAGUGUGUAAGAAAAUAAAAGCUAAAAGUCGCGAGGCCACAAAGGCCAAAUUGAUACCACCCCCAUCUACAAAAAUCCCAUCCAAGACUCCACGCUCUAUCAAUAAAAAUUGUGAUCCUGUUUCUAAAAUUGAGCCCACAAAAUCCUUUCAUAUCCCAAAACCUCCUGUAUUUGAGGGUCCUGUUCGCAUUCCCAUCCCACAACGAAAAUUUGAUCAAAAACCACGUUUUCCAGUAGAAUUACCAAACCAUCCUUAUUUGAAGCAUAAUGGCUUCCCCUUACCAACAAGAUAUGAACCUUUCAUACCACAACAGCAAGAAAGUUCGGAAUUUUGGCUUUCACCACAAUUUCAAGAAGAAAACUUCCCAUUUGAAGAGAAUAAAAUCUCUUUGACAGUUUUCCCUAAUUCAGCGGGUGUUCUAUGUUCCAUGACAAUUUUUUCACAAACAUACGAACCAAUUGCUUCAGAAUUAUCUGAAAUUUCUCAGUUAUUAAAAACUCUCUUUGAUCAUUCAAUUCAGCCACCACCCCCCCCUUCGCCACAAGCCUUCAAUAAACCCCAAAUAUUAACUAAAUCUGCUGCACGCAAGAAAAGAGCAAGAAAGAAUCGUGCUGGGAAGUGGGUCAAACUUCGUAAUUUACUUCGCCAAGAAAAGCAAAUCAGGAAAGCAAUAGAUAUGAAACUAUUGGACUCACUUCCUUUCGAAGAAAUCAAAGAACUUGAUAAAUUGGCUGAAAUUUCUCAGAAGAUUGAAAAACAGAGAAAAAUAUGUGAAAUACGUAAAUGCUGAACUUGAAAGUUUGGCUGGAUAUCCUUUCGGGCUAGAGAUAGCCUAAACGUUAUUGGAGCCUACUCGAAUUAGAGUAUGAGCCUUUCUAAAUAGAAUCGUUUGAAAGGAAGUUUCUAGCCACUUUCUCGCAGAUCGUAUUGAACUAAUUCAAGGAGAAAUUCUUUUUUUUUUUUAAUUUUCCUACAAUUUGGCAUGAAUAAUACUUAAGUCGCCAUUCUAUAUCAGGUCGACGCUUUUUUAUUUUUUCAAUCUUAUAAUUAUCUUAAUAAUCAUAUAUUUUAAUCAUUAUUUCACAAUAUCAAAGCAUAAAAACACUAAUAUUUAGAAUAUAAGCAAAAACUAUGUAAAGUAAAAGACACUUCUGAAAAUUAUGGGAACAAAAAAAUAUGUACUUCUUAUUAAAUAAAAUUGAUUUA